UCAUCCCGGCGAUCCUCUCGCGCGCCCUCGAAUCCGGGUCGGCCAUGAAACGGCGCUGACACGGUGGACUCUGGGGCAUCUCCUGUAACCAUCGGCAGAGAAUGCCGGAGCUCCUCUGGUUCUACUGCCUACAGCUUCUUCGACUGCCCAGACAAGGUACGCUCGACCCCGCAUCGCCGCCGGGUCAAGUCUCCCACAUGACCGGCCUGGUCGGGAUUCGGGAUUUGCAAUUGGAACGGUUUUUUUCUCUCAUUCAUCAUCGUGGUAGUAUCGGUGCGGUUGUAAAUGCAAAAUCCCAAACGCUGAGGCACGCAAACCGGCCCAUGCACCUUCCCCUCACUUCCCAAUCCCAGACAGACUUCGCAUGAAUGGCGGUGUAAUCAAGACACGGCUUCCCCUGUAAACCGCAUCGACGAGAAAUGUAUGACGGGCAAGGAAAAUACACUCGGGGCGGGGUAACGUCGGAAUGACAGAAUGGAAUUCAAGCGAAAUGGAAUCAACAAAUAAAAAUGAAAGAAAGAAGGGA